GCGUGCUCGCCCCCGGAGCGGGCUGCAGGCGAGCUGCGAGCAGAGCUUCUCGGGAAGGAGGUCACCGCUGGUCCCUCUGCGCCUGGUGCUCCCGAUUCGAGAGACUCAAAGCUGCAGAGCAGCCACCGGACGCCCACUGGAGCAGGCAGCAACAUGCAGCUUCUGCUAAGUUGGGGCAGACGCGCCCUGGUGGCGUUGAUCCUCGCCUGCGGCGUGGCGGGGGUCCAGGGAGAAGAGCCGGGAUUCCCGCCGGCUGGGGCUACUCUGCCACUUCUGGGGCACGGAGAGAUAACGACGCCCCGCACUGAGGUUUCCUGGCCGAGGGGUUCCAACUCCAGCGCGCAGUGGUCCUCUGCACCUCCGCAGAUGCCUAAAGCAGGGAGAACACCUGGAGCCCCUCCACGCGCCUUCUCCCCUCCCCCCUGCGAAAAAUCCUUCGAGAUCAAGGAGACUUUCAAGUAUAUCAACACGGUGGUGUCCUGUCUAGUGUUUGUGCUAGGCAUCAUCGGAAACUCCACACUGCUGAGAAUCAUUUACAAGAACAAGUGCAUGCGAAACGGCCCUAAUAUCUUAAUAGCCAGCUUGGCUCUGGGAGACCUGCUGCACAUCAUCAUUGACAUCCCCAUCACUGUCUACAAGCUGCUUGCGGAGGACUGGCCCUUUGGAGCUGAGAUGUGUAAGCUGGUGCCUUUCAUACAGAAGGCCUCCGUGGGCAUCACUGUGUUGAGUCUGUGUGCCCUAAGUAUUGACAGAUAUCGAGCCGUUGCCUCUUGGAGUCGAAUUAAAGGAAUCGGGGUUCCAAAAUGGACAGCAGUAGAAAUUGUUUUAAUUUGGGUGGUCUCUGUGGUUCUGGCUGUCCCUGAAGCCGUGGCUUUUGAUAUUAUAACCUUCGACUACAGAGGACGUUACCUGCGAACCUGCCUGCUUCUUCCUACUCAGAAAACAGCCUUCAUGCAGUUUUACAAGACAGCUAAAGAUUGGUGGCUGUUUAGUUUCUAUUUCUGCUUGCCAUUGGCCAUCACUGCUUUUUUUUAUACCCUGAUGACCUGUGAAAUGUUGAGAAAGAAGAGUGGCAUGCAGAUCGCUCUAAAUGACCACUUAAAGCAGAGACGGGAAGUGGCCAAAACAGUCUUCUGCCUCGUCCUUGUCUUUGCCCUAUGCUGGCUUCCCCUUCAUCUCAGCAGGAUUUUGAAGCUCACUCUUUAUGACCCGAAUGAUCCUAAUAGAUGUGAGCUUUUGAGCUUUUUGUUGGUACUGGACUACAUCGGCAUCAACAUGGCUUCCCUGAAUUCCUGCAUUAAUCCUAUAGCUCUGUAUUUGGUGAGCAAAAGAUUCAAAAACUGCUUUAAGUCGUGCUUAUGCUGCUGGUGCCAGUCAUUUGAAGAAAAACAGUCCUUGGAGGAAAAGCAGUCGUGCUUGAAGUUCAAAGCUAAUGAUCACGGAUAUGACAACUUCCGUUCCAGUAAUAAAUACAGCUCAUCUUAAAAAGAAGGCAUAGUCACUUAAUGCCACAUUCUCUUUUGUGGACAGAAGUCAUUAAAUCAAGGAGGCCUUUGCCAAAACAAAACAACUGUGCGCUUGCACAAAACAAUGUAAGAAUGUAAGAGUGAUUCUUCUCUUAACACUCACAGUGACACAUGACAUUCCGUGAGCUGUUUACAGCAGGAGAAGAAAAGCAGGGAGAAUUGGGAAAGCCUCAUCAUGAAAGCACUUAAUUUUUUACAAUCAGCACUCAGAGAGGCUCUUGAUAGCUUCCAGUAUAUUUUGCCCCACUUACCUUUAAGCUGAGCUCACUCUGCAUUCCUAUUAAAGAGAUUUAUUUUUUAAAUUAAUGUGAAUCUGAUAUAAAGGAAAAUGGUGUUUUUAAAAAUGGCAUUUUAAAAUAAAGUUUAAAUGACUUAACUUAAUUUUUUUUAAAAAAAAAUCCUUCAA